UCAUAAAAUCCGCCCCUCGCCUUCCUUUAGUUGGGAUUCCCCGAAAGCAACGUGCUCUGCCUUAUUCCAAAAUAUUUUGACUUUUUCGGCUGUUUAGUUCUCUUCUACACCCACAAGUGACUCAUCUUUGCUCGGACAACAGUAGCGGGUCAUUCCAGCACUCCUGCAUCUCGGCUCUUCCUAAUUUUCUCUCAGCCGGGAAAGGAGGGGAAAUAAUAAUGGAAGAGCAAGGUUUGCCUUUCAGUCUGCCUUUGAGCCAGGACUCCUUUAGAGAGCUGUGGGACAGUGUAGUAACUCCCUCCAUCUCCACCAUUCAAACGGUGUCUGUGCCGCAGGAAUCAUGGAAAGCAGGUGGACCAAUAGACAUGCUGCUCAUUGACGAACAUGUGCUGACGCGGUUUGAUGAAGAUCUAUUUGAACUGCCCCUCGAGGUGCCAACUAAGGAUGAUGUUACUCCCCCGGCCUCCACUGUCCCGGUUACAACGGACCAUCCAGGGGAAUAUGGCUUCCAGCUGCGCUUUCAGAAGUCUGGCACAGCCAAGUCUGUCACUUCCACAUACUCGGAGCUUCUCAACAAGCUGUAUUGCCAACUGGCAAAGACCAGCCCUGUUGAAGUGCUGGUGAGCAAAGAGCUUCCUCCAGGCACCGUCCUCCGGGCCACGGCGGUUUACAAGAAGUCUGAACACGUGGCGGAAGUGGUCCGCAGAUGUCCCCAUCACCAAAAUGAGGACGCUGCGGAGCAUCGCAGCCAUCUGAUCCGAGUGGAGGGCAGCCAGAGAGCUCAGUAUUUUGAAGAUCAGCACACAAAGAGGCAGAGUGUGACUGUCCCAUACGAGCCCCCACAGUUGGGCUCAGAGAUCACAACCAUCCUGCUGAGCUUUAUGUGCAACAGUUCCUGCAUGGGGGGCAUGAACCGCAGACCCAUCCUCACCAUCCUGACCCUCGAGACGCCAGAGGGACUUGUUUUGGGCCGGAGGUGCUUCGAGGUGCGCAUCUGUGCAUGUCCAGGCCGGGACCGCAAAACUGAGGAGGAGAACAGCACCAAGCUGCAGAACGGGACCAUGCAGAUUAAAAAGCGAAAGAGCGCCCCGCCUCCAGCUCCAACUUCCAUGAAGAAGUCCAAGUCGGCCUCCAGUGCAGAGGAGGAAGACAAGGAUGUGCAUAUUCUGCGGGUCCGUAAUCGUGAGCAUUAUGAGAUGUUGAAGAAAAUCCUUGAAGGUCUGGAGUUGCUGGACAAAGAAAGCAAAACCAAGAUCAAGGUGUCUGUGAAACAGGAGUUUGCUCGGCCUUCCAGCGGAAAGAGACCCCUUCAGCGAGGAGAGAGGAGUGACAGCGACUAAGAAGAGCCUUACUUUGAUCACAAGCGUCCUCUUUCUCCCUCCAAGCCACCGGGUUUAUUUCAGGCUUUUACUCAAACUCAAAUCACCUCCUGCCUCAGUGCGCUUGAUCUAAUAACGUUACUGCCCGACCGCUCACCGUACUCCUGAGCACUGUACAGUGUAUUGCUGUUUUUGACGUUUGGAAAUGAAUAAAGGUUGACUAGAUUAUGCAGAGGAGCACAGUUCAUCCUGUAAGCAGGUCUGCAUCCUCAAUUUCCUCAUUGCAUUUAAAGGUCCUAUGAAAUGUCUUCAAGGUCUUAAACUUUGCACAUUUUAGGAGGGGCUGUAUUUAAUCAGUGUUAAUCUUGGCAGGGAUUUUCCGUUUGAGUUUUAAUGAUUCUAUUUGUUGUUUUUUUUAAAUGUCAUUUAUAAUACAUUCAUUAUUUUUUUUAUAUUAAAUUUGUUUUGUGGCAUUUUUGCCUUUUUUAUUUGCCAGAAGACUGUAGAAAUGUCGGGGGAGGGGGGGGAGAGAGAGAGAAAGGCAUUCAACAAAGUACCCAAGGCCGGAAACAAACCCAGGAUGUUGCGGUUGUAUGGCAUGUGCUGUAAUCUGGCUAACAAGGCGCUCACAUGUAUCGCUUUUAGUCGAUGAAACCUAAAGAGAUUGUUUGUUUCCAUCUUCUUUUUUUUACAUUUUAUUUUAAAGAAAUGUGAUUUUUUUACAAAGGAUCAUUUAAAAACGAGUCACUGCCAUUCGUUAAAAGUCACGCUUGUGAACAUAGACUGGAUGUCUACAUCCAAUAAUGUUGCUGUAACACGGUCUGAGUUUCUGCCAGAGGUUGUAUGGCCCAGUGGCUUUUGUGUAGCAUUCCUGUCACGUAUUUAGAUAACUUUUUGACACUACCUUUUUAUCUGGAAACUGAUUCAAAUGAGUUAACGCAGAUUUAAAACCAACUAAGUCAAAUUAUGGUGCGUAAUCGCUCUCGACUACGACUGUUACUCGGGGCCCACCGGGCAAAUACACCGGUGGAAACUCUGACUGUAAUUUCAAAGGUUCACAUCCUGCCAAACUGUUUUUUCGGGUCGUCUGUGUGGAAGUUUUAACGCCCCCCAAAUGUUUAGAUUGUCCUAUUCAAUUAGACGUUAAAAUGAAAGUUAGAAACGGGAUCAGAUUAAGGAACGCAGUCAUUUUAUCAGUGAGGCACUUAGAACACACAAAGAAGCUGUAAAUGCAUUUUAGUCCCGUAAUAAUCUGUAACGGUCUGUAAUAAUCUGUCACCAGUUUUGUGGAAAUUAACAAAUUUGAUACCUGAGGGGGCUGGCUGGAUCACCCCCAAAAGCUAAUCAGCUGUUAGUGUUUGUAUGUUGUGUAUACAGCGGAGAGCAGGACCUGCCGGUGGGACAGAGGAAGUUCCGAUAUUAAAAUGAUUUGCAACAGAACGCAUGGAUUCAAUAUAACCAGAAACACAGUUUAAGUGAAUUAUGAGGUGCAAACCACUCGGAUAUUGAGAACUACUGCCCGUCGAAACUGAUAAAUGUGAUCUGAGUCUCACCUACAGACCGUGCAAUCGGCACUUCACGUUGAUGUGACCAAUCACUGCCAAAAAGUAUACAAAAGGCAUUUAUUUGUUUUAAUUUCUGU